AUGGUGCUUGAGCUUCAUGUAUGGGGCCCAGCCUUUGGGCUUUCUUCAAUAGAGCCCGAAUGCAUAGCCACAAUCGCCUAUUGUCAGCGUGUCAUCCCCAGAGGAGAAUGGUCACUGGUGGCCGAGCACAACCCCACGAUUGGCACCACAGAGAGCUUACCGAUACUCUUCGAUGACGACGUCGCAACAGCCUCCGGCUUUGAGGAUAUUGUCGCAUACCUUCGCAACCACCCUUCAGUCACCAAUGACCUUGAUGUCAACUUAUCAACUCGACAGCAGACCGAUAGGACUGCUUUCAUCACAUUUCUACAAUCUACAGCAACCCCUCUGAUCGACCUGUCUCUCUACGUCUCUGCCGAAAAUUACAACACUACAACCUCGUCUGCGUAUACUGCCAUCCUCCCAUGGUAUGCCAACUACACCGUCCCUCCGAAACGACGAGAUCUCGCUAGAGCUAGGACGGCGCACAUGGGACUGAGUAGUCUAGAUGUGGAUACCACAGCCGAAGAGGGGUUUGCGCCAGGUCGAGGUACCGCUUCGUCCGAAUAUGAGGCUGCCAAGCGGGCAGCCGGCAUACCUACCGAAAGCCAACCAAAUGCCAUGAGCAUAGGGCGUGGAAAGGGUCUUGGCGGCCUCUUAGGUGGUCAGGUGUACGCCGCACGAUUCAGACUUGAUGCUCUAUCAGGCGAACUCUUGGACCCAUUGUCAGAUCUACUCGGAAAACACGACUACCUCUUCCGUGGGGACAAGCUCUCAAGUCUGGAUUGCUUUGCUUUUGGAUACUUGUCUUUGCUGUACUACCCGCCAGUGCCCCAGGCAUGGCUCAGAGAAACUCUCCAGACCAAAUACCCACGCAUUGUAGCAUACAUAGGUAGGCUGCAUGAGGACCUAUUCCGCAGUGAACAGGUGAGCUCUUCAGAUAUCUGGUCUGUCUCCGCCGGUGUGAAGAAGACGCCAAGAAGUACAUCUUUACCAUGGACGGCAAGAUCAGGAACUCUCGCUUCAAGUACGCUAGCCGGCGCAAAAGAGAUCUUGGGGAACAUUCCUGGAUUGUCCAUGUUCUCGCAGCGAAAAAAUGUCAUUGUCUCGGAGCCGCUGGCAUCAUCGAAGCGCAUUCGAUCGGAGCUGCCCUCUCCGCUGUUUAUCAACACCCUCUUGGGUGUGACAACCGUAUUCGCAAUAAGCUUAGCAUCCCUAGCUGUGCACCACCGUCGGUCACCGCGGGAGGGCGAACUCAUCUUUUGGGCUCUACGUCCUAGCAGUGGCCUAGGCGAAGCUGGAAGUAUACUCAGCGUCUUCGCCAAUCAGCUUCACGAUGGAGCAUUGUAUUCCCAAAUUUGA